AUGGCGUCGUGGUGCGCCCUGCUGGCGCUCGUGAUGGUCGUUGGGUCGCUCGCCGGGUCAGGGGACGAGGAGGAGCAGUACUGGUACAACAGAGGCGGGUCGGUGGUGGUGCGCGGGGCGCAGCCGUGCGACGAGCUGUACGUGGUGGCGGAGGGGGAGACGCUGCACAGCAUCAGCGCCAGGUGCGGCGACCCCUACAUCCUGGAGCACAACCCGCACGUCCACGACCCCGACGACGUCUUCCCCGGCCUUGUCAUCAAGAUCACGCCGCGCGCCGGCAACUCCAACUCAGGCGACGGCCGGCGCCAACAGGUGAAACGGCGGCCGAUGGAACGCGACGCGCCGAUGCGACAGGUCGGGCACGGGCAGGAACGCUCUCGUUGUGUUCCAGUCGUGUCUGCAUGUGAAAAAGGGCUCGACUUACGAGCAGAAAUCAGAGGUCGCAUUGCUGGAAAUCCCUGA